UAGUCCCUAGCGGCGCAGAUUUCAAAGAGAAAAUAAUAGUCCACCAAUCUUCUUGAAGCGUUUUUAUUUUAUUUUUUACACCAUACGGGGAUAAUACUAGAAAACACUCUGAAUUUGGAGCUAUUUACGCAUUGUCAAUGCCACUGAAAUCGAUCUACCGGUAGGUAGUACGUGAACUCGCGCCGCUUAGUUAAGACGCUUGUCAAUCGAACAAAAAAACUCGCUUUCUUCGCAGGAUAACAAGUAUUUGGAAGAGUUGUUUUCCCUGUUCGUUUACGAACUCUUCAUAAUGAUUACAAAUAAAAUACUAUAUCGAUGAUCGACCCCCCCAUCCAUAAAUAAAUCCAAGACACCUUGGAAAAUGGACAAAUUCGUGGUGCGUCUACCAAACGGGGAAGUACCCAAGGAAACGAAGGAUAAAGAAAAGGUGUAUCGACAAGCAACUAUUGAGUCUCUACGCAGAGUGGUGGUGAUUGAAGACAUUGAAAGGUACAAGUCCAUGCUGGAACUGCCUGGCCAGACCAAGGAGAAUCUGCUACUAGCCCUGGCAGAGCUCAACAAGAAGAUGCCGUCAAAGGAGGUGCUCAAGUCGACCAGAAUAGGCCACACUGUUAACAAGAUGCGUAAGCAUCACCCCGACCCUGAGGUGAGUUCCCUAGCGGCUGAAGUGUACACUGUAUGGAGGAGCUUCAUUGAAGAGCACUCCAACAAGCCCUCCAUAGAAGUACGCUGUGACAAGCAGACUGAGGGACUGAGGAACAACGCCAGGAGAAUGUUGUCUGAAGCUCUGGAAGUGGAGACAGACAGUGGUCUGGUGGAGAACAUAGAGAGAGAGGUGUUCCACCAGAGUUCUCGGCUGGUCAGCGGCUCCUACAGACGAACUAUCAGGAAGCUGGUCUUCGCCCUCAAACACCAGCCAGAGGUCAGGGGUCAAGUCAAGGAGAGUACGAUCCCAGUAAACCAGCUGGUGUCCACCCACAAGAAGUAAAUGCACUCUGUUCAGAACCUUCUCUAUGGAAAACAUAUCUAAAAGGGUUCUUUGUGGGUGAAAGGGUUCCACCUAGAACUAUAUAUAUAUAUACACACACCUACACAUUCCAGGGUUUUUAUUUAUAUUGUAGAAUAAUAGUGAAGACAUCAAAACUAUGAAAUAACACAUGGAAUCAUGUAGUAACAAAAAAAGUGAAAUAAAUUAUUUUGAUUCUUCAAAGUAGCCAACCUUUGCCUUGAUGGCAGCUUUGUACACUCUUGGCAUUCUCUCAACCAUCUUCAUGAGGAAUGCUUUUCCAACAGUCUUGAAGAAGUUCCCACAUAUGCUGAGCACUAGUUGGCUGCUUUUCCUUCACUCUGCGGUCCAACUCAUUUUGGGGUGGCAGGUAGCCUAGUAGUUAGCGCGUUGGGCCAGUAACCGAAAGGUUGCUAGGUCGAAUCCCCGAGCUGACAAGGUAAAAAUCUGUCAUUCUGCCCCUGAACAAAGCCCAUGUUACCCCUGCCCCUGUUCCUAGGCCGUCAUUGUAAAUAAUAAUUUGUUCUUAACUGACCUGCCUAGUUAAAUAAAGGUAAAAAAAACAAAUGCCAAAACCGUCUCAAUUGGGUUGAGGUCGGGUGAUUGUGGAGGCCAGGUCAUCUGAUGCAUCUCUCUCCUUCUUGGUCAAAUAGUCCUUACACAGCUUGGCGGUCUGUUGGGUCAUUGUCCUGUUGAAAAAAAAAUCAAAGUCCCACUAAGCGCAAACCAGAUGGGAUGGCGUAUCUCUACAGAAUGCUGUGGUAGCCAUGCUGGAUAAGAAUUCUGAAUAAAUCACUGACCAGCAAAGCACCAUCACACCUCCUCCUCCAUGCUUCACGGUGGGAACCACGCAUGCGGAGAUCAUCCGUUCAUCUACUCUGCGUCUCACAAAAACACGGCGGUUGAAACCAAAAAUCUGAAGUUUUGGAUUUAUCAGACCAAAGGACAGAUUUCCACUGGUCUAAUGGCCAUUGCUCGUGUUUCUUGGUCGAAGCAAGUCUCUUCUUAUUGGUUUCCUUUUAGUAGUGGUUUCUUUGCAGCAAUUCGACCACGAAGGCCUGAUUCACACACUCUCCGCUGAACAGUUGAUGUUGAGAUGUGUCUGUUACUUGAACUCUGUGAGGCAUUUAUUUGGGCUGCAAUCUGAGGUGCAGUUAACUCUGAUGAACACUUGGACUAGAUCAGGGAUGAGGAACUUUGAUGGGGGUGGGGACACGAAAACAUGAACAUAUCCUCUGCAGCAGAGAUACAUCUGGGUCUUCCUUUCCUGUGGCGGUCCUCGUGAGAGCCAGUUUCAUCAUAGUGCUUGAUGGUUUUUGCGACUGCACUUGAAGAAACUUUCAAAGUUCUUGAAAUGUCUCGGAUUGACUGACCUUCAUGUCUUAAAAUAAUGAUGGACUGUUGUUUCUCUUUGCUUAUUUGCCAUAAUAUGGACUUUUACCAAAUAGGGAUAUUUUCUGUAAAUCCCCCCUACCUUGUCACAACACAGCUGAUUGGCUCAAACGCAUUAGAAAGAAAUUCCACAAAUCAACCUUUAACAAGGCACACCUGUUAUUUGAUAUGCAUUCCAGGUGACUACCUCAUGAAGCUGGUUGAGAGAAUGCCAAGAGUGUGCGAAGCUGUCAAGGCAAAGGGUGGCUACUUUGAAGAAUCUCAUAUGUUUAACACCUUUUUUGGUUACUACAUGAUUCGAUGUGUUAUUUCAUGCUUUUGAAGUCUUCACUAUUAUUCUACAAUGUAGAAAAUAGUAAAAAAUUAAGAAUAGCCUUUGAAUGAGUAGUGUCCAAAAGUUUGAAUGGUACUGUAUAUAUAUAUAUAUAUAUAUAUAUAUAUAUAUAUUCAAAGCGUGUAGUCAAACCUAACAAGUAGCUAGCUAACCCCAAUCCUAAAUCCAGCUGCAGAAGACUGUUGAAGUGUUUGAGAUGGACUCUGUUGCGGUCGGACUGAGCAGAAUCACUGCUCUACAAAGCAACCCCAAAUAAAGAAUCAGAUUCUUUGAUCAAGAUCGAGGGAUUCUGAGCCUCGCUUUGCUCAAAUGGAUCUACUCAAACAUGUUGGUAGCUAAACCCAGACCUAUGAGACCUGCUGCAAAGGAAGACUGCAACAUGCCAGUUGUUUCUGGACUGGUCCUUUAAAAAUAAAAAAAAGCUUGUCUCCAAUCACAAGAAGAAGCUAGCCACUUAGCCCUGAACACCUGUCUGGAAACCUGGGACAUUCUGGCAAAUACUGGACUGGUGCCUUUUUCUAAAAUGGUGAAAGACAGUUGGAGCACACGGUCAUUAAUCGUAUGAAUUAGGCCUACCUCUUUUAAUGGAGCUGUUUUGUAUUCAUCUUUGAUUUUAUAUAUUGAAGUAAAUCAAAUGUUGAUCUC